GAAGAAAGUGCCUGUGACGCUUAUGACGACGCAACACAACAACCAAUCACAUGGCAGGAACGAAGAUGGCGGAAUCGGGGAUCAGCGUCAGGAGCUGUCGAGAAUUAUGGACCAUACUGCUGGGAAGAUCUGCAUUGCGAGAGCCGGCUCAGAUAGAGGCAGAGCUGGACAGACACUGGGACAGACUGCAUCAAGGACUCACCUACUACAAGCCACCCAGCCCAUCCUCUGCUGGGAAAGUGAAGGAGAACAAAGAUGUUGCACAACCAUUGAAGGAUUUUGGCCUGAGGAUCAGUAAACUAUUGGGUCUUGAUGAGCAGCAGAGUGUGCAGCUUUUACAGUGCUACCUACAGGAGGACUACAGAGGAACCCGUGACUCGUUAAAGGUUGUUCUCAAGGAUGAGCGACAAAGCCAGGCACUGCUGCUAAAGAUGGCUGACUAUUACUACGAGGAGCGCACAUGUCUGCUCAGAUGUGUCUUGCUGUUGCUGACAUACUUUCAGGACGAGCGACAUCCCUACAGGGCUGAGUACAGUAACUGUGUCAGUAAGCUGGAGAAGGACCUAGUGAGCAACUACCAGUCGCAGUUUGAGAAGCUCUUCAAAGCAGAAGCACCAACAUGGGAAACUCAUGGAAACCUCAUGACUGAGAGGCAGGUGUCACUAUGGUUCCUGCAGUGUCUGAGAGAACAGUCUCUGCUGCUGGAGAUCAUCUUUCUGUAUUACGCUUACUUUGAGAUGAGCCCGUCUGACCUGCUGAACUUUACCAAAAUGUUCAAAGAAGAGGGCUUCGGUUUGCGGCAGACCAACAGACACCUAGUAGACAAAAGCAUGGACGCGCUGGUUGAUCGCAUUGGCUAUUUGAGCUCUCUCAUCCUGGUCGAGGGAAUGGACAUAGACUUCCUACACAAGUGUGCCCUAGAAGAUUGUACAGAUCAGCAUCAGUUCUCCAGUGCUCCUGACGUCAUCAAGGAGAUGGAUCAGCUGCUGCUGACAUUUGGUGACAUCCCUCAUCACGGGCCAGUGCUGCUAGCCUGGGUCCUGUUGAGACACACACUGCGACCAGACGAGUCCAGCCCCGUGAUCAGGAGGAUCGGCAACACCGCCCUGCAGCUGGAGGUGUUCAAGUACAUUUCAACCAUGCUGAAAGGCCUUGGAGUCACAGGGAAUAAUUGCACAGCAAGCACAGCAAAGAUGUGUAUCUACGGUCUCCUCUCAUUUGUGAUCACUUCUUUUGAAGAGGAAAGCCUACAGACUGGUGGUGUGGUGACACAGUGCUCCCACCUGAUCGAUGCUGCCUGUGAUGUCCUCUCUGCUCCCAGUCUGGCUGAAGUCUUUUGGGAAAUGAAGCCGAACAUGGGAUUGGGAAUGAUCCUGGACAGCGCAGUCGGGAUGUUCCCUCAUAAGAUCGGACCACUGUUGCAGCUUCUCACUGCACUUCUGUCAAACAAGUCGACUGUUAAAAAGGUGUACAACUUUUUGGACAAGAUGUCCUUUUACACACAAGUUUACAAACAUAAACCCAAUGAUGUCAUCUCCAAGGACGAUGAGACUCUGUGGAGGAGACAAACACCCAAACUCCUCUACCCUCUCGGCACAGGGCAGACUAAUCUUUGGAUGCCGCAGGGAGUGCUGGGCCAGGUGAUGAUUGGAGGCGAGCAGGGCUACGUGGUUCGCUGGGACUACUCCUACAGCUCCUGGACUCUCUUCACCUGUGAGGUGGAGAUGCUGCUCCAUGUUGUUUCCACUGCAGAUGUUUUAGCUCACUGUGCACGUGUGAAACCCAUCCUGGAUCUGGUCCAUAAGAUCAUAAGCACAGACUGGACCGUGUCAGAUUGUUUGUUGCCUCUCACGUCACGCAUCUACAUGUUGCUGCAGAGGUUAACAUCAGUCAUCAACCCACCAGUGGAUGUGAUUGCCUCCUGUGUGAACUGCCUCUCUGUACUGGCUGCAAGGAUGCCUGGGAAGGUGUGGUCCAGUCUGCACCACACAGGUUUUCUCCCCUUUGCCUCCAACCCUUUGACCAGCGGCUCAGUGUGUAAGGUAAACGCUGAAGGGAUGAAGGCAGGUAACUAUGGCAACCUGCUGGUCCAGAUCGAGCAGCCAAGGGGGGAGUAUGCUGUGACCAUCGCCUUCCUUCGUCUCAUUACAACCCUGGUCAAGGGUCAGCUUGGCAGCACUCAGAACAAAGGCCUGAUCCCCUGUGUGCUGCUGGUGUUAAAGGAGAUGUUGCCCACGUACCAUAAGUGGCGUUACAACACCUAUGGAGUCAGGGAGAGGAUAGGCUGUCUUAUUUUGGAGCUGAUCCAUGCCAUUCUCAAUCUCAGCCCAGAGGGAGAAGAUCAGGGCAGCACUCCCACUCUGCAGUCUCUGUGUAUCUACAGCCUGGCAAACACUGAGGCUGGACAGGCAGUUGUCAAUAUCAUGGGAGUUGGAGUGGAUACCAUAGAUGUUGUCCUGGCUGCACAGCCCAGCAGGUAA